AUGAAGGCAAAGUCACACACCGGCCACCCAUUUGCCGCCGCGGCGCAUUGGAACUUGGAGCAAUCAUACGAAAACCAGCCACGCAACGGCAACAAAAAACGCAGGGCAAGGGAGCAGCCAGAACGCACACGACUGCCAAUCAAGACAGCAACGGGCAUCGUUCAGGUCCCCAACCUCCCCUCCGCAACGACCCUCGACGAAGAUACCGAGUCAGUCUCCGACGACCAGGAGGAUGGAUAUGAGAAGGAUGGAAUUGAUCCCUCGCAGGCACCUCUACCGCCUGCUACUGCUCCUGUAGCGGCGGAGAAGCCGGUGCCGCUGCGGAAAAGGAUAAUAAUUGCAAAGGAAGAAUUGGCGAAUAUUGCUACGCUUAUUAGCGAGGAUCCUGAAGAAAGCGUGGGGUUGUUGAAGAGGUUGAAGGAGAUAUCUGAUGAUGCGGCGGUGCAAGUUAGGAUGCUGGCGAUUGGGACUAUGUUGGCGGUGUAUAAGGGUUUGAUACCCGGGUAUCGCAUCCGUGCGCUGAGCGAGGAGGAGAUGAAGGCUAAGGUUACGAAGGAGGUGCGGAAGGUGCGCGGAUUUGAGCAGGCGCUUGUGAGUGGGUACUCGGGGUUUGUAAAGUUGUUGGGGGGGUUAGCUAGAGCCGGGAGGGGUGGUAGUGAUAAGGACACCAUCGCCCUUGCGAAUUUUGCCGUGAAUUGCGCUUGCGGGUUACUGGCUGCGGUGCCGCACUUCAAUUUCCGGACGGAAUUGUUGAAGAUUGUUGUUGAGAGAGUUAGCGUGAGAAAAGUUGACGAGACGUUUGUCAAGUGUCGGACCACCCUCGAUGAGUUAUUCCGCACAGACGAGGAUGGAGGCCCAUCCUGCGAAGCGGUGCAAUUGCUCUCCAAGAUGAUGAAAGCGAAGCACUACCUCGUCGACGAGUCCGUGCUAAACACUUUCCUAUCCCUGCGCCUCCUUUCUGAGCUCGACGUGAAAGGCUCUGAUUCUGCCGUCGACAACCCCCGAAAACGCAAGAAGAAGGACCGCGAGUUCAGAACCAAGAAGGCUAGGAAAUUAGGCAAGGAGCAGAAGGCGGCCGAGAAGGAGAUGCUGGAAGCGGAUGCUAUCGUCUCGCACGAGGAGCGGGAAAAGAAGCAGUCUGAGACGCUAAAGUUGGUGUUUGCUACGUACUUUCGGGUUCUGAAGGAGAAGCCGCCGGGCCUUAUGGGAGCUACAUUGGAGGGGUUGGCGAAGUAUGCGCAUUUGAUCAAUCUUGAUUUCUUUGGGGAUUUGUUAGUCGCGCUGAGGGAGCUGGUUUCCGACGCGAAGGAGGAGGCUAGGGAGGAAGGGGGGGUAAAGGGGGAGAAAGACGAGGCGGCUAAUCGGAAUGCAGUUCGAGAGGCGUUGUUGUGCAUUAUCACUGCUUUUGCAUUGCUAUCUGGACAAGGCAAAGGAAUAACCAUAGACCUAACCUUCUUCACAACCCAUCUAUACGCCACCCUCCUUCCCCUCUCUCUCUCACCCGACCUAGAACUAACUACCAAAUCUCUGCGCCUCCCGGACCCGCACUCCCCCCUCCCAACCCCCCUCCCCACCUCCUCGCGCAUAAACCUCUCCACAGAAAUCGAGCUCCUCCUCCGCGCCCUCUCCUCAAUCUUCUUCUCAACAGCGCACCAAAACUCUGCGACGCCCAUGCGCCUCGCGGCGUUCAUGAAGCGCCUGCUGACGGCCUCGCUACAGAUGCCGGAGAAGUCGACACUAGCGAUGCUUGGCCUACUGAACAAGCUGGCGAUCAAGCAUGGACGGAAGCUGUCGGCGCUUUUCUCCACGGAGGAGGUAGUUGGCGACGGUGUUUGGGACGGGUUCGUCGACGAGCCGGAAAUGAGUAAUCCGUUCGCGGCAACCGGGUGGGAGGCUGUGCUGCUUAGGCGGCAUUACUCGCCUAGUGUUGCGGAGGCUGCGGCAGCGUUGCCAGGGCUAUUUGCUGGGAAGGGGAGGGAGGGGUAG